AUGUCCAUAGACUUGACUCUCAUGAAGGCACGGCUCCCUCAGUGGCAGCUGGCUGCUGGAUUCCCCCCAUGGAGUGGUCAUCACAUCAGUGUGCUGGAGCUCAAAGUGGUUCACCUAGCUCUCCAACACUUCCAGCCCUACCUGAGACAAUUGAAGAAGAGGUUUUUCCUUGAGAAUCCUUUCCGCAAGAGAGACAGAGUGAUUCCCAAAUUCAGAGCCACAGCUAUGAGGAGAAAGAUCCAGGAGAAGGGUCCUUGUUGGUUGAUGCGUCGGAUGAACUUACUGGAGAACUACUGCAGCGACCUGCUCAGGUGUGACCCCUCCGUGACCCGCAGUUCAGAGGUCACUCGGUUCUUCAUGCCCAAAGACCACGACCUGCAGGCAGACUUCACCAAGAACAGCAUCAUGAUGCUGCCAUCGAAGGAGGGUGUGGGGAACAUGAGCGGGCAGCGUCUGAGCAUGGGCAAUAGGACACACGCCUUUGUUAGCCAGUCUUACCGCUGUGUGGGGCCCUACAACACCAAGGACACUAAGAACAGGCCCUUUAAAGUGGCCUUGGAUGAGAGGCUGGACGUGCUCAUCAAAGACCCGGCAGGCUGGUGGUUGGUGGAGAACGAGGAUAAACAGUUGGCCUGGUUCCCUGCUCCCUACCUGGAGAUGUGUGAGGCAGAGGAGGAUGAAGAUGAAAUGAAUGGAAUUCCCUUGGGGGGUGAGAUACUUCAUACGAACGGAAUCCCUUUUGUUGUUUUAACAAGCUUCCUGGUUUGUCCCUCAGGAACUCUCUACUGUGCUGUGAGGAGUUACUCCACUAACAAUAAUGACGAGGUGCCUGUUCCUAUUGGCUCUGUGGUAGAGGUGCUGAGGAAAUCAGAUGACGGAUGGUGGUUCAUCGGGUAUAAUGGAAGGAUGGGCUAUGUUCCCUCCAUGUACCUGCAGCCCUACAACAACCCACGUGCUGGCCUCCACACCCUGCAGAGGAAGCUGCACAGCUCCUCUCUCAAUCUGGCAACCCACAUGAACAGCUCUACUCUCAACCUGGCAUCAAGUGGUGGAAGCCAAUCUAGCAACCGCUACCCAGCCACCCUGUAUGAGGAGACAGAGCUUAAGGAGCAUACUACCCAGCCCAGGGGUAAUCCGUACCGGGCUCCCCAUCUCCAAAAGACCCGCUCUCUGGAGCUCCUGUCUGAGACCCGUCUCGGCAUGGCCGUCCCUCCAUCCCAAAGAGAGAGAGAAGACCUGGAGUCAAAGCCGAAUCCGGCAAUCCGCAAGAGCACCAUCAGCGGGAAAGAGUCCUCCAUCUCUGACUUCAGCUCGUCAGGCAUUGAAUCUCUGGGCCGGAGUGUCAGGGCAUAUUCCUCCGGUGAGGAGGACCCCCUAAGCCCCCCACACAGCCCCAAGUCCUCACCCGAGCCAGGGGAGAGGAAUAGUGGCCGCAGCCGCCCAGAUGAGAGCCUCUCCUCCAGCUCCAGGCCUGAGGCUGGAUCCUGUAAGAUGCCCACCGCUGCCCCAAUGGUGCCCACGCGACCCAGAGCCCAUGAGAUCCUGACUCGGUGUACCACUAUUACCCGCAAGGCUGCCCUGGCCUCCAGGGGGGAGUUAUCCCUGCAGGACCCCAUCCAGACCCACAAGAAAGGUUGGCAGCAGUGGUAGGGGAAGUGGGAGACAGGGUCACGGGGAGCCGUGGGGAGUGCUGGUUUUGGGGUUGGGUUUAAACUCGUCUCUCGUGGUCGACUUUACAUGUAGCGCAAUACUUGAGAGAAUGGCUCAUGAGAUUAUGGUUAAAUUAGCAUAAGAACGCCUAUGUUGUAUGCUACACUAACUAUGACUCCAUCCAACAAUUUUUAUGUGAGUAAUGUACCUAUCAAAUAAAAAACUCUUGACAGGCCUUUUAUCCAUAAUCAGAGUUAAGAUGGGAAGGAAACACAUUGUUCUUUAUUCAGUAACUUAAAAGUUAUGUGAGAAAGUACUUUUUCAGAUGUGUAAAGUCUCAUACGCUUUAGAUCUACCCCUUUGUAGUUCACCAAUGACUGGUUUGUUUGUAGCUGACCAAUGACUGGUUUGUUUGUAGUUGACCAAUGACUGGUUUGUUUGUAGUUCACCAAUGACUGGUUUGUUUGUAGUUGACCAAUGACUGGUUUGUUUGUUGUAGCCUACAUUUCAUUCUAUUGGUGUCUGAAGUCACUGUUAUUCCAUACUGGAAUUUUACUGUAACUAUUUACCAUUACUGUCUGUAUGCCUUAUAUGCAUGUCUAACUAAUAUAGUGUGCAUUAAACAAUAUCCUA